GAUGUCCUGAUGUUCUCGCUGUUUCUCGUUCUACUCUCCGUAUCUUAUGCCGAAGCCGGCUGCUAUCAGCGGCGAAUGUGUUGCACUGGUAGAAAUAUCUCUUGCAAGGCAAUAGACGAUGGUAUCGGACAUAUACCGACAACGAUGAAUCCGUAUCGAAAGGUGGAGGAUCCACAUCACUUUCAUGCUACGACGACGACCGGUCCAUUCACAACAUAUCAAACACCCUAUUAUGAAGCAUCUGGAGAUGGAUAUGAUCUAGUCUAUCCGGAUGUUUACGAUAGUGAACAUCACCAACGAAUCGGAAAGGUCGUUUUUCCUGACGUCGUCGAGUUGGAAGGAUCUUCAGCCGGUGACAUCUAUUUGAAAUAUGCGCCAACCGACGAUGCCGUCAUUUCGAACCGCGUACCGAAAAGUUAUGGCAAUAUGGAGCGUUCGUCGCCAGUUCGGAAAAUCACACACUUCCUCUUCGGUUACCCGCAAGGACCGGAUACCCCACCCGAGGACAUUCAACGGUAUACGCCGAAACCGAAACAUCUUCUCAUACGAUACUCGAUUCUCAGUCAGCAUUUACCGCUGACAGUAUCGACUACUCCUAUAACAGAUUAUUAUGAUGAUGAGGAAGAAGAAGAAGAAGAUCCGACGAUUAUGUACCUCGAAUCACCACGUACUGACUGCUACUGUGACGAAUCAUGCGUAACACUUGGCGAUUGCUGUUCUGACUACACUUUUGUGUGUCCAAGAAGGGACUGCUACGUAUCAUCUUGGGGACCAUGGGAGAACUGCAUUGCUGAUGAUGGCACUUGUGGCAUUGGAGUACAGCAGAGGACCAGAUACGUAAGACAGGAAGCCAUUCGAGGUGGCAAGGAAUGUCCACCUUUGAAAGAGAUGCGCACAUGCUAUGUGGAAUGUCCGAAACGAAGAUCUUUGGAUGAUAUAACAACAGUUGCUCUGCUGCUUGAUUAUCGUUAUAAUGACACUCGUUCGAAAACGGCGCGAGAUAACAUCUAUUGGGAUCUGCCAUCGGUGCACGACAAGCUCAAGGAAGCCACUUACUACUGCGUGAAAUAUAAAAUCGGCUAUGUGAAUCGGAAUUGUUGGCACAAACAGUACAAAACGAAGCUUUACAGAGGGAAUACGAUUUGUGCCGAAUGUCAGCCGGAAGCAACAUUGCAUCGAAAUAAUGGGAGAUGCGCAUCUGAUCUGGAGGAUGGUGAGCACGGUUUCUGGAAACUGAUUGGACCGAAGACAUGCAAUGGGAUGUGGACACGAAUCGAAAGGACAAAUGAUUGCCAUUGCUCAGUGAACCACCCAGACUUGGACCCCUUCCUACUCGUCUAACACCUCGACACGGAUAUUGGAGGAAUGCUGAUUACGAAGGGGUCAAGCAGAUCCCAAGACAAAUCCCUGCCUUUAUCUGACAUUAUCCAAACAUGCACUGCUUUCACUACGGGUAUGCCUGCGAAAGGCAGAACUGCUUUCGCCGCUCGGGCAUCAUAAGCUCUGCCGCGCUAAUAAUGUGCUUUCUUUGAAUAGUUCUCAUUUCUAACUGAGGUCUUUCGUCUUUUACGCCAACUUUUCCCGUUUACGUAGUUUCCUCAUUGGUGAUAUGAGCAUUACCCGGUUAAUUUUUGUCUUGCUAAGGCUGUGUGCAGAGUUGCGCGUGCUUGCGCUGUUCCGACGCCAUGUCGGCCACGUAGACACGGCGGAUAUUGAUCGAGCGACCUCCGCCGGCAUAGUCCUGGCACAGCGCGGGCACGAGCAAGUUGUAUGCAGCCUGAGUUAUAGCUAUAGGUUUUAGUAUGUAAUCAGGAAUAACUCUACGUCCUGCGCUUAAUAAACUGUGAAUCUUUUUGAAGACUUCAAAGAAUUUUAUGAGAUCCAAGGAGUCAUUUAGAAUCUUCUCUGAUUAGUAGUUGCUUUUAGAGUUUGCGAUCAUCCUCGAUGCAAUAUUGUUUCGCUUAUCCUUUCGGUUUCCGCUAAAAGCUUUAAAAGUCUGUGUCAAUCGCCCUCUUUUCCAUCCGCGCAGUUGCAACGCAAGAGCUUCGCGAAACAUUCGCGCGCGUUUGACUUGAACAUUCAGAAUUAACGAUUGGAGGUCCGCACGCAGGCCCUGGUGUCGCGGUUGUUGCGUAAUUGCUACGCAAAAGGGGACAAAUAAUUGACAUAUUCUGUGAAAAGUCGUCGAGGAUAUCGUCGGUAGUUAUGCGGGAACAAUAUCUCAUAUUGUUUAUUUGUCACACAGGUCUCAGACAGCUUUGAAUAUUUUGUGUCUUCUCAGUCAAUAUAUUCAGAACAGGAACGAUUUUAACUAUGCGUACAUUGCAUAAUAAUUUUGUAUAGCUUUUCAUUUAGAUACCGCAGCUAUUCGGCAUACUAUUCUCGCCUUUAGUGCUUUUUAGUGUUAUUGGGAUGUCUGGGUGAGGGCCCCUUUUGUACCCAUAUGCGUGCGCGCCAGCGUUGUGCCAGCGCCGUGCCGGAACUCAUGUGGCUCACCUCUAACGAUCGAUCGACGUUUCGGCACGGCGCUUGUGGCGCUGGCAUGCAACUCUAAACGCAGCCUAAGUUAACCUAUGGCGCAGUAUGGCGUAGCGUAUUUUGCCAAGCGAAC